CGCUUGGGUGUUUUUGCCCCUCUCUUGGCGUUGAACGCGGUAGUGGCUAUCCGGAGUGCCAGGCCUGGGGUUCUCGGUGUCCUUCCCCGGGUCACGGGCGAGGAGGCGACUUGACUUCUGGGCGCCGAGCCCGGGCGCGCGCGCACGCAAGCGGCUGCCGUCCCCGCUGCAGGUUCGCGUCCCGCUUUGCUCCUCGCGCUGCUCGGCUCGCGGCUGCCGGGACGGCCCGGGACUGACGGCCCCGGGACAGGGGGUGACCGUCGCGGCUGCGGGAGCAGAGGCGAAGCCGAGGCCCGGCGAGAGGCGACAGCGGCGAGAGCACCGGGGGAGAGGAGGAGGAGGAGGAGAGAAGAUGGCGUCGGAGAUGGAGCCCGAGGUGCAGGCCAUCGACCGCAGUUUGCUGGAAUGUUCCGCCGAGGAGAUCGCAGGGAGAUGGCUGCAGGCAACGGACCUCAGCAGAGAAGUAUACCAGCAUUUAGCCCACUGUGUGCCCAAAAUCUACUGCCGGGGCCCCAACCCCUUCCCUCAGAAGGAAGACACACUGGCACAGCACAUCCUGCUGGGACCAAUGGAGUGGUACAUCUGCGCUGAAGACCCUGCGCUUGGAUUCCCAAAGCUCGAGCAGGCAAACAAGCCUUCUCACCUCUGUGGCCGAGUGUUUAAAGUGGGGGAACCUACGUACUCCUGCAGAGACUGUGCAGUUGACCCCACCUGUGUUUUAUGCAUGGAGUGCUUCUUGGGAAGUAUCCAUAGAGACCAUCGCUAUAGGAUGACCACGUCGGGCGGUGGAGGCUUCUGUGACUGUGGUGACACUGAAGCGUGGAAGGAGGGACCUUACUGCCAGAAGCACAAGCUCAGCAGCUCUGAAGUUGUGGAAGAGGAGGACCCUCUUGUGCAUCUAUCAGAAGACGUGAUUGCCAGAACUUACAACAUUUUUGCUAUUAUGUUUCGAUACGCAGUAGAUAUACUGACCUGGGAAAAAGAAAGUGAAUUGCCUGAUGACUUAGAGGUGGCGUAAGUACUGCCCAUUCCUUAUGUGUGUGGAACUGCUAAAUUUUAACAUCUUUUACACAGCAAGGAGAAGACGUGGUCUUUAAUUUUUAAAUUAUUACAUUUAUUCAUUCAUUUGUGUAUGGGAAGGAGGGAGUAUUGGCGCUGGCAUAUGAAUGGAGGUCAGAGGGAAGCCUACAGGAAGUAGUUCUCGCUACAAGUAGGUCCUGGGGAUCGAACUCGGGUUGUCAGACGACGGCAACUGUGCUUAUCUGCUUGGCCUCCUUACUGUCCUAGGACUUAAACAAAAAAAUAUUGGUUAGAUUUUAGCAGAGUCUUAAGUUUGGUAUUACAGUUUUGCAGUUUGUAUGAUUAAUUGGUGAAGGUUUCCCUAAGUUGAUUGGUUUGUAACAGUGCUAAACUAUGUAGGACUAGCAAGAUGGCUCAGCAGGUAAAGUCCUUGCCAGCAAACCUGACAGCUUGAAUUUGGUCCCUAGGAAGAACUCACAUGCACCCUCACCUCUCCGUCCUGUGUAGCCAGGCUGGCUCAGACUCGAGAAGUACGCUUUCCUCCGCCUCCCAAGUGCUGGGGUUAAAGGCGCUCCACCAUGCCCACUAAUAAAACUGGAAAGGGGUUAUAUAGAAGUGAAUUUAGGAGAUUUAUGAAAGGCUUAAACGCAAUUUUAGACAUUUUGCUUCUAAUUUUAAAUUUUAUUCAACACUGUACUAUUUUCCUGUACAUCCGCCAUUUUUAUUUAGACGAUUGAGGUCAUAAUCUUGUGAUCAGAUAGUUGAAUUCAGCCACAGCUGUGGUAAAGGACUGGCUGCUUGCCCUGGCUACGUGCUCACCUCACACAGCCUUUUCUUUUCUGAAAAGUCACCCCCUGCUUGUUGGACCUCGGUUCAUAGCUGAGGGUGACUGGGCUGGACAGGAUGGAGGUCACUGAGUAGUCGGACGUCAUUCACUGGAGGCUGGCUGCUCCGUCAGUCACCGGAGGCUGGCUGCUCUGUCUUUUCAGGGUGUCCCAGAUACUUGGGGUCGUGGGUAAAGUGUUGGAUGGAUUUUUUUCUUGCCUUUUUGUUGUUUGU